AUGAACGACUACCUCAUGGACGUGCAGCCGCGAUCGCUCUCGGAGCUGGCACAGCAGUCCAACAAACUCACAAACCACCUCGGCCGCUCAGACGUCCCACAGAUCCAGCUCCCCAUCGACCAGGUCGCAGAUCAGACCCGGAAACUCGCAGCCGGCCACCUCCGCGCUGGCUCAGCGCAGCCCUCGGAUGCCAGAGCCCACUACUUCCUCGCAAACGGUGGCAUCGACGCCGCAGAGCUCGCAGAGACGAUCAACGCGGCCAACAUCGCCAACACCUUUGAGCCCCUGCAGCCAGUCUACGACACCGAUGUCGAGAGCUACCUCAAGCACGAGCACGAGCAGGUCAUCCUCGGAGCCAUCGAAGAGGGGCGGCGCGAGACGCUCAACGACUUCCACCGCAACCUGGACCGCACCAUGCACCGCGACUGGGAACGCCAGAAGCGCAAGAUCCUCGAGGAGCUCGGCCAGCACCAGCCCAGCUCCGCCGCCGACCGCGCUGGCGAUUUCGACCUCGCCCGCUCCCGCUCCGGCUUCGGCGCAUCCACCUCCGCAUAUACCCUCUCGCAGUCGACCGGCCCGGGUGCGACGUUCGGCGCGAGCCUCGGCGCUGGCGGCGGCGGGGCAUCCAUGUCGCAGAUGCACGGCAAGAUGGUGCGGUACGAGAUGGUCGUCUCCCGCCUCAACUCGUCCCGGCUCGAGGGCUACAACCUCGCCGUGGCCCACGCCUUCAUGGAUGCCGUCCGCGGGCUGGCCGAGGACCCCAAGCAGAAGCAGCUCCACGACUGCUGGCAGGCCAUUGCCCACAUUGUGCGCGAGCAGGAUGUCCGGGAUGGCGAGUUCACCACCAAGGCCAUCCAGGAGAGGCAGUACGCCUCGGCCUACGUCGACCCGGCCAACUGGAACGGCGUCGAGGGCGUGUCGCUUCGCAGGAACAUCGUCGACGGCGCCAAGGCGUACCUCGAGGAGCAGUUCCUCGCGCACAUGGAGCAGACCAUCGCCGCCCGCCCGGUGCAGGCGCAGCGCGGAGGCGUGCCGACCAACCGAUCGACGGUGGGCGCCUACCUCCGCGUGCAGCACCUCACCUCCGCCGGCCAGUGGCGCAACGACCUGGCCAAGGAGCUCGACCAGCAGACGGGCACGCCGCUCUGGGCCACCAUCUAUCACCUGCUGCGCGUCGGCAAGACGUCCGAGGCGCUCGACUGCGCCGCCGACAACGAGAACCGCAUCCGUGCCACCGACCCGUCAUUCCUAGCCUACUUCAAGGCGUGGGCCGACAGCCCGGAGCGCCGGCUGCCGCGGCUGCUGCGGGACCGCUUCGUGGCCGAGUACAACUCGCGCUUCCGCAGCAUCCCCGAGGGCCACGACCCCUACAAGCUGUCGCUCUACAAGCUCAUCGGCCGCAUCGACGUGGCCAAAAAGUUCCCGACGCUGCUGGCCUCGAGCACCGAGAACUGGCUCUGGCUCCAGCUGAGCAUGGUGCGCGAGGCGCUCGACGACGAGUCCGACGCCCAAGACUCGGUCCGCGACCGCUACACGCUGGCCGACCUGGGCGCCAAGCUGGAAAAGUACGGCGAGGCGCACUUUGACCCCAAGGGCAACCGCCCGCUCCACUACUUCCAAAUCCUGCUGCUCUGCGGGCAAUUUGAGAAGGCGGUCGCCUUCCUGUUCUCGCGCUCGGUCCACCAGGUCGACGCGGUCCACUUUGCCGUCGGCCUGGCCUACUACGGCCUGCUGCGCGUGCCCUCGGCGGCCGCCUCGUCGCAGGUCGACUGCCUGUCGAUCGAACAGGACGCGGCGACGGGCCAGCCGAUCGCCUACCUCGACUUUGCCAAGCUGGUGCAGCGCUACGUCCGCCUGUUUGCGCAGUCGUCGCGCCGCGACGCGCUGCAGUACCUCUACCUCAUCUGCCUCAACGCCGAUGCGCCGGAGCCCGUGGGCUCGGAGCAGGUGCAGCGGUGCCACGACCUGAUCCGCGGGCUGGUGCUCGACGCCCACCCGACCGAGUUCCAGGAGUUGCUGGGCGACCUGCGCACCAACGGCGUCAAGACGCCCGGUUUUAUUGAGCGCAACCUGCCGCUGAUCCGGAUCAAGGACGAGCGCGAGUUUCUGUCGACGAUUGUCAAGGUGGCGGCGACGCAGUGCGAGCUGGCGCACCGCACCGAGUCGGCCAUCCUGCUCUACAACCUGGCGGGCGAGCGGGACACGGUGGUGGCGGUGCUCAACAAGGAGCUGGGCGCGCGGCUGACGGAGCCGUCGAGCUCGUCCGAGUGGCAGUCGGGCGGCCUGACGUCGGGCGCGUCGUUUUCGGCGGCGGGCAACCUGGUGACGCUGGCGUCGGCCAUCCUCGAAACCUACGAGAAGCAGUUUGGCUACACGGGCCGCAACCGCGACACGUGCCGGUGCCUGCUGGAGCUGAAAAAGGGCUUUGGCCUGUACAGCGACGAGCACUUUGUGCAGGCGCUGCAGACGAUUGAGGCGCUGCGGCUGCUUCCGAUCGACGCCGAGUCGCGCAAGGACAUUGUGGCCAUCACGCGCAAGGCCGAGGAGUUCAAGGAGGUCGACGAAAACGUGGCGCGCAACCUCGACGCCAUUGCCAUUAUGACGAUGCAGACCCUGUACGAGCUGCACAAGGCGCUCAAGGAGUCGGUCCACCGCAGCGGCACGGCGGCCAUGGAGCAGUACAGAGCGCAGGCGAGGGCGCUGAUGAUGUGGGCGGGCAUGCUGCGCUUCCGGAUGAGCAGCGAGACCUACAGCCAGCUGACCAGGCUAGACGUCUUUAUCCACUAA